AUGGCCACCUCGCGAUACCCCCAGUCCGACCUCCGUCGACAAGUUGGGUCGCCGAAGCCCAAAACCCGAGGCGAGUCAACGCGCAUACCGCUUUUCCGAACACAUUGCUGCCACAGGAUAGCUAACGCCUUGUCAAUUGGCUUAGAAAACAAAGACACAUUAUGCCGAAACGUACUGAUAUACGGACACUGCCGAUACGAGAACACUGGUUGCGCCUUCAACCAUGACCAGAAUCGAUCCAACUCGGUCCAGAAUAGUCCCGGAGGACAGAGCAACCAGUCUGAAUUCGCGAGAAAGGCACUCAAUGUCGACUCCCCAUCAUUCACACCCGCCGGUCUGCCCUCGGUGGCAUCUCCGAAUGCAAAUGCGUUAGGGGGCUCUUCAAAGAAAUCGACAUUUUCCUCCCAGGCUGCCAGUGCAGCCGUUUUUACUCCUAGAGGAGCAGGCUCUGCGACACCAGCCGCUGCUCCAGAUGGCGAAGCUGCGUCCACAGCAUUUAACCCCGCCACAUUUCGCGAAUUCACUCCAUCGAACUUUGAGCUGAGUACUGGUAUUACUGCCAAUGGCUCAGCCUCCGAUACAGGGCUCUCAUUUGACCCCUUUACUAUGCCCAAUGUUGGCCAGACAUUGCCGGCUACACCUUUCAACCCUUAUGCCGAUGAUCCCACCGGCCUCGCUGGCUCAAGCGCCUACUUCCAACAUCAGAAUGCCUACACAGGACCCCUUCAACCACUUCAAUACCACCUAUAUGCACCUGUUGGGCCGUAUAGAGAUGAUUUGAUGCCGUUUCAAAGGCAAAUUCACGAUUUCUUCUUGCCAGAGAAAUUGCGCGAGGAGAUGCAACGCAAGUCUGAGGCCUUGCAGCAGGUCAUGCCCAACUCGACGCUACCUCCGUUAGACAACUACUACUCCCUUGUACCCCUUGACACCAGUCAUCGGAAGAGCUCCAGCGUGUUUGGCUACACCACGUGGGUGUACAAGGCUACAUCCUCGAAGAAUGGGAAAACGUACUGCCUCAGACGGCUUGAGGGUUACCGACUAACCAACGAGCAGGCCAUUCGCUCCGUGAAAGAGUGGCGAAGGGUCAACAACGGCAACGUGGUGGCCAUUCACGAUGCCUUCACCACUCGAGCGUUUGGCGACAGUUCGCUAUUCUUCGUACAGGACUACCACCCUCUCUCCAAGACACUCGCCGAGCUUCACUUUUCCCAACCGGCUUCCACCCACGGCACCCGCUUCAGCGCAAAGAAUCCUAUAACCGAAAGCGUCUUGUGGGGCUACAUUUCCCAAAUAGCCAAUGCCUUGAAGGCCAUCCACACUUUGAAUCUGGCUGCAAGGUGUCUUGAUAUGAGCAAGGUCAUUGUGACAGACAAGAAUCGCAUCAGGCUCAGUGCCUGCUCAAUUCUGGACGUGGUCCAGUUCGACAGUCGUCGCCCAGUUCAGGAGCUACAGCAGGAGGACUUGAUCCAAUUUGGAAAACUCAUAUUAUCAUUGGCCACUAACACGCCGCCUAAUCAGCUCACAAAUCUCAAGGGGUCGAUGGAACAGAUGAGCAGGGUUUACUCGAAAGAAAUUACUGAUACUGUCUUGUGGCUUCUGACUCCCUCUCCUGCUGGUGCAACGCCCAAGGGAAUCGAGGAGUUUGUACGGGGCAUCGCGGUCCACAUGGUUGCUACGCUUGAUGCUAGCUUACAGGAAGCGGACGCCCUGAAGUCGGAUUUAUUCCGCGAACUGGAAAACGGCCGCCUAGUACGCUUAAUGGCCAAGCUCGGUGCUGUUAACGAACGGCAGGAAUUCGACGGCGACAGGGCGUGGUCAGAAAACGGCGAGCGAUACAUACUCAAGCUAUUCCGUGAUUAUGUCUUUCAUCAGGUCGACGCGAACGGAAAUCCUGUGGUGGACAUGGGCCACAUUAUUCGGUGCCUAAACAGGCUGGACGCUGGCAGUGACGACCGAAUCUGUCUGACGAGUCGAGACGAGCAGACGAGCUUUGUCAUCAGCUAUAAGGAGUUGAAGAAGCAGCUCGGCAACGCUUUCGGGGAGCUCCUCAAGGCAGGGAAACAAUCAUCGAGCCGAGUGUUCCAAGGCAGCUCCCACUAG